UGCUUAUUGUAACAUUAAAUUUCAAACUCAAAAUUUUAUUUUGAUUUACUUUACAAAAUGCGUAAGCAAUUAGUUGUUCUGCUUUUGUGCCUAACGCUGACAAGUGUGUUUGAUCAUGCUCUUGCUGAGGUAAGUGCUCAGGGCUUUCUAGAUGAGCAUAAUAGACUGCGAGCUUUGCAUGAUUGUCCCAAUUUGGAAUUGGAUGACACAUUGUCUAAAGGAUGUGAUGAAUAUGCCAAGACAUUGGCUGCAAAAAAUGAAUUGGUGCAUGCAGAAGGACCAUUUGGGGAAAACUUAUGCUCGAAGACGGGCUCGGCCUUGGAGUGUGUGCAGUUGUGGUAUGAUGAAAUAAAGGACUAUGAUUAUGUAAAAGCUGAAUUUUCUUUGGCUGCUGGGCACUUUACACAACUUGUUUGGAAAGCUUCAAAAAAACUUGGCGUUGGCUGGGCACUGACAGCAGAUAAUAAGCAAACCUAUGUUGUUGCAAGAUAUACACCACCAGGCAAUACUGCUGGCGAAUUCAAGGAAAACGUUCCGGAACCCAAAAAUAAAAAAAAGAGAAAAGGAAAUGGCCACAGCAAAGGGAGCGGCAGUGGAAACGGCAGAGGCAGAAUUCCUUGCGCGCCAAGCGAAAGUCCGCACAGGGUGCAUGGCAACAUGGCGCUCGGUCAGAGCGGAAGUCCGAGUUGUUCUGCGUUAAAUUUAUGCCAGACUGGUGUCAACUACCAUCCACCACAUUCAAAAUGCUACAAUGGGUGCAACAAUCAACACAAGUGAUAAACAAAAAAGCUGCAUUACUUUCACUUUUAAUAAA